AUGAGCAAUAACGACGCCGUCGCCGGCCCUCUUUUUCAGCAUUUGUACCGCAUUUUCUCGCUUUUUGCUGAUCAAAAUGCCCAAGGUGAGUGCUUUUUCUGCUUUUGCGCAAUUUAAUAGUUGUGUCCUUUCAGGUACGUUCAAACCGACACAAGCAGAGUUCCUGAUCGACGAAUUGCUGCGUGAGCUCCGCCGUCAGACGACUCCGAAAGUGCAUGAUCUGCCGGAUGACGUCACUUUCAACGAGUUUCUCAACCUUCUGCAAGUCAUUUUCCCCGAUCGGGAAGACCUUCAAAUUGCGACGGAUCGUGUGUUCGAGCGAUACGUCAACCAUGUUAUUGGAAAAGUAUGUUUCCUUCACUUUUUCAUAUUUUUCUUCUCUCUUCUCGUGGCGCUACUAUACGAAUUGUUUCUUUUUUGAGGGCUUUGUUCUGUUCCGAAAACUGGCGCAGAAGAAGAGAUGUCUUCCGAUGAGAAGACGUUCGAGUGAAUGGCAGUUCGGAUGGCUGACUGUCAUGCCAGGAUUAACUAAGAUACGGAAACAAAACACGGAAAAGGACGAUGUUAUUCAGUUUGACGAGGACACGGUCAUUGAGGUCCGAACUUCUAAUAUUAUCAGUUUAUGUGAAAGAAACAUGCUUUCAGGUGCCAGUUAUCGACGGAGAAGCUUCCGUCUGGACUGUCAUCGUCAACGCCUCCACUGCGUAUCAGUUCUCGCACCUUGACCCGAUUCUGGCUCAACUUUUCGUCAAAGGUACAGUACGAUUUGGAAAUAUUUGGGAACUGUCACGAGAUUUCCAGAUAUGCGCAUGGCUCGCGACUACCCGACUCGCGGAGACUUGGCCACUUUCGACUACAAACGAUCGAUGCGAAGACAGACGAACAAGGAAGGAAAAAUCAGAAAUGAGUUGGAAAAAGAAAGAACUCGGCUGGAGAGCGAGUUGGAGGAAGAGAGAAAAAACAGAAAAGACGAGGAGAUUGUCAGAGGACUCACUACGAGGUCGGCCGGAAUCUUUGAGACCACUUUAGACUCUCCCUCUCUUACAGACUCCUAAAGCAGGAAAUGGAAAAGUCGGAGCAAAUGCAGCAGGUGAUCUACGAACUUCGCUCGAAACUUGUGAACGGAGAGGAAGGCGAAGCUGUGCAAGAUUCGGAAGACGUUGAAAUGAUUGCGGAGGAAGAAACGACGUCAGAAGCGCAGGGAGAAAAUGAGGAAAUCUCGAUUACGCUGCCGUCGAGAGAGGAAAAGAUUCAGCAGUACGCGUAUCAUUUGUACGCGACUCAGGCAGAAGAGCAGGUCACUUCGGAUGACGAGGAGAUCUGGAAACAGAAUUAUAAUCUAAUUGUGUCCACUCAGUCAGUAUGA